AUGCCUCUUCCAACCUCCUCUGUCUACCCACCCCCGUCGGCCGAGUUCAUGAAAUGGCCGAGCCGAAGGAGUGUGGUUCACAACACCAAGGGCAUCGUAGCUUGCACACAACCGCUUGCCGCCAAGUGCGGCAUCGACAUCCUCAAUGCUGGAGGAAAUGCUGCUGAUGCCGCCGUGGCCGUUGCCGCCGGCAUGAACAUGACAGAGCCUUGCUCGACCGGCAUUGGUGGUGACAUGUUCUGUCUCUACUACGAUGCCUCGACUGGCAAGGUCUCGGCCCUGAACGGCUCCGGACGUGCUGGCGGCAAGUGUACGCUUGAGAACGUCCGGAAGAGCCUGGAGAUUCCCGAGGGCACCGUGGGAAAGAUCCCUAUGAACAGCGUCCACGCCGUGACGGUGCCUGGUGCUGCCGCUGGCUGGGUCGAUACCGUCGAGCGGUUCGGUAGUGGCAAGGUGACCAUGGAGCAGGUUCUCGCACCGGCGAUCGAGCUCGGUGAGAGGGGAUUUCCUGUUUCGGAGAUGACGGCUCACUUCUGGGGAAGGCAAGAAAAGGACAUCCGCGAUGCGUCUCCCAACUUCGCUGAGAUGCUUAAGACCGAUUCUUCUGCGCCCGACGGCGUCCGCGCCCCCAAGGCCGGCGAAAUCAUCAAGCUCCCCAACCUCGCCAAGACCUUCCGCACUCUGGCCACCGAAGGCAAGAAGGGCUUCUACAGCGGCCGUAUUGCCGAGGAACUCGCAAAAGUCGUCAACGACCUCGGCGGCCAUCUCGAGCUUGCCGACCUCCAACACCACCUCGAAACCGGUAGCGAGCCCGUCGAGCCCAUCGCCCUCAAAUUUCCCAACCCCCACGGCACCUCCGAAACCGACGGCGUCGAGCUCUGGGAACACCCUCCCAACGGCCAGGGUAUCGUGGCCCUGAUGGCCCUCGGCAUCCUUAAGCACCUCAUCAAGCAAGGCACGAUCCCAGCCUUCGGCCCCUCUGACCACAACACCGCCCCCUACUUGCACGCCAUCGUCGAAGCCCUCCGUAUCUCCUUCGCCGACGCCUCCUGGUUCGUCACCGACCCCAACGUCGGCUCCGGGGUCCCGACCUCCGAGCUCAUCUCAGCCCCCUACCUCGCCGAGCGCGCCAAACUCUUCUCCCCCUCCUCCGCCAACACCACCAUUCUGCAACCGGGCGACCCGUACGCCUCUCCCGCGCUGACCUCCUCCGACACCGUCUACUUCGCCUGCUCCGACUCGCAGGGCAACGCCAUUUCGUUUAUUAACUCCAACUACGGCGGCUUCGGCACCUGCAUCAUUCCCGCGGGGUGCGGCUUCACGCUGCAGAACCGCGGCGCCAACUUUUCUCUGGACGCAAAGCACCCGAACGCUUUGGCGCCCAGGAAGAGGCCUUACCACACCAUCAUCCCGGGUCUGGUCACGAAUUUGCAGGAUAGCAGUUUGCACUCGGUCUUUGGCGUCAUGGGCGGGUUCAUGCAGCCGCAGGGACACGUGCAGACGCUGCUUGGGCAGGUGCUGUGCGGGUUGAAUCCGCAGCAGGCGUUGGAUGCGCCGAGAGUGUGUAUUGGCGCGGGCAUGCCGGAUGAGGGCGACGUGUAUGAUGCGACGGUGUAUGUGGAAGAGGGGAUGCCCGAGGAGACGGCGGAGGGACUGAGGAAGCUGGGACAUAAGGUGGAGGUGGUGAAGGGUAUGGGACGGGCGUUGUUUGGAAGGGGACAGAUUAUUCGGUGGACGAAGGAUGUCGAUGGGACGGGGGUGUGGUCGGCGGGCAGUGAUCCUAGGGGUGAUGGUGCUGCCUACCCGGCGUAG